AUGGCAGCUACCGUAUCUGUGACAGCGUUGACCGCUUGUCCCAGACAUCAAUGGCCCUUCAACACUCACUCCUCCGUCUCCGCAUUUCUGUUGGCCGCAAAUCCUCCACCCGGCUCAUCCACCUCUUCUGCAGACCAAGGGCCCGUCUUGAAAGCCUUGAUCUCUGCCAAACUUGCUAGGAAGUUCCCUCAGGCUGCUAAGCUCCGGGUCAAAGACGUCUCAGUCGUACUGAUUCUUGGUUAG